UCCACAUUCCGACCAUUUUCUUCGCUAGUGUUUAGUUUUUUUCUCCUCCGACGUCCGUCAAAACGCUGCCGUUUUGGUAUCACCGAUGUCGACCGACCCGCCGGUUACGGCCGAUAGAGUUCAGAAAUUCAUCGACGACCUCGAAACUCAAAAGGCAAUCAUAUCCAGAUGCACCGAAUUGUUUACAAAACUGACCAACGAUUUCGAUUCCCUCCAAAAUUCUCUUUCCCAAAAAUCCCAAUCCCUUGAUUCCAAAUCCCUCUCUCUUUCUUCCUCAUUUGCUCAAACCCUCGAAUCCCUUUCCCAACGAGAAUCCUCCCUCCCCGACCGCGAAUCCGCAGCAGCCGCCCGCGUCGAGACCCUAAAAGCAGCCGCUCUCGCCGAAUUCGGAGACCCCAAAUGCUCGACCCAGAUCUCCGAAACGUUGAAAUCCCUCUCCCGCCGUAUGGACUCGGCGGGGUUAGUUAAAUUCAUAGUUUCGAAACGGAAAGAAUCCGUUCCGUUACGUGAGGAGAUCUCCGUCGCUUUAUCCGAAACCGUCGACCCGCACCGGCUUGUUUUAGAAGCUUUUGAAGACUUUGUUUCCCAGAAAACCGGGAAAACGUUAGGGUUAACUGAUAAGAGAUGGGCUUGCGGGAUGUUGGUUCAUGCAUUGUUUCCCGAGGCGAGUUGGAAGGAGAAGAAAGGGGAAGGGCCAGAGUUUUCGAGGAGCAUUGGGAAAAGGGCGGCGGAGUUGGUUGAGAAAUGGAAGACACACCUGGAUAUUGAAGGGGAAGGAUUGACUCCGGGGGAGGCUGUUUUGUUUUUGCAUAUGGUGGUUGGAUUUCAGUUGAAAGAGAGAUUUGAUGAGGGGUUUUUGAGGAAACUGGUUUUGGAUUUUUCCUCGAGGAGGGACAUGGCUAAGCUUUUUGCUGCUUUGGGUUUUGGCAAUAAAAUGGGAGAUAUUAUUGAUGAACUAAUAAAGAAUGGAAAAGAGAUCGAGGCGGUGUACUUUGCCAGAGCAGCUGGCCUUACUGAAAGAUUUCCUCCCGUUUCUCUACUUAAGUCCUAUCUGCAGAAUUCCAAAAAGAAUGCCACCACUAUAUUGAAGAAUGGAAAAUUUUCUACAGCUGCAACUGAGUCGUCAAAAAAUGUGGAGCUGAAUUCAAUCAGAGCCAUCAUCAAAUGCGUUGAAGACCAUAAGCUUGAAUCAGAGUUCUCUACUGAAUUUUUAAGGAAGCGAGCCACUCAGCUGGAAAAAGUAAAGUCAGAUAGGAAAAAGAGUUCAUCAGCUGCUGGGAAGCCUCAAAAUAAGCGAAGUCAUAGUGCUGGUAGUGCUCGGGGCGGUGGACCACCUGCUUUCCGUCCAGCAAAAGAAGCUAAGUUUUCAAGUCCCUAUCCUUCUUUCCAUCGGAGAAACCCGGCUCCCUCUGCACAGCAAAGCCCAGCGGCUCGAUAUUCUGGGCAAUAUAACUAUGUUGGGCAGAAUGUUUAUGAGGCUCCUACUGCUUAUGCAUCAGCAGCAUAUGGUGUGACCCACACUCAAAGUCCUGCGGCAGUUACUCAACAGCACUACUCGCACCCAGUGGAAAAUUUGGGUGUUUCUGGUUAUGCGACCAGCAGUGGUUAUGGGAGUCAGACUAGUUAUGGAGCAUAUGACUACGGUUCUAGUGGGUACCAACCCUCUUCAAGUACCCAAUAAGUGUGGAACCUUGUU